AUGCUGUUUGGCCUGGACUACGCGGCCUGGUCGGUCGGUCCAAAGUUCAUGGGGGUGAAGCUGAUCCCACCGGGACUCCAUUACGUUUACUGCAGUGCACGCGCCCACGAAGACAUUGGCAUAAGCCGCACGGGCUUCUUCCUUUAUCUGAGGCCAAGGGACGUGUCGGUGUUCCGCUGGGAUCCUGAAGCAGAGGCUCGUCUGGGGUUCAUGAGAACUUCAUGCCGAAGCCAGGAAAGUUCUGAGAAGGGGCAGAAAGGCCCAGAUGAGGAGUUUCGAUAUGCAGACGGUGCCCGCAGCUUUGACUUCGACCGGAACCUUGGCCCUUAUCCCCUGGAGCUGCAGGAGCAGUGGGGCGAGCUCACAAGACAUGCUACAGCAGAGUUGGUUUCAAAGGUCGAGCCGGUCUCGGGUCGAGUCCGCUCCAAGCGCAGCGAGUACGACACCGCGGCCCCUCGGCAGGAGGAAGGGCCGCAGGGCAGGGCCGCGGAGUUGAGGGCUGCUAAUUUCGAAUGCGGGCCGCAGGGCAGGGCUCCCCCGCAAAGCGCCAGCCACGAGGCCUGCCGCGCAGUUGCAGAUGGAGCAGGGCUCGCAGGGCUGGGCCGCAGGUUGAAUCAGGCUGCGAGCAGCAAAGGCAACAAGGGGCCGAGGGGAGACUUGAAGAAAGGUGGAGAGCCAGCGACUGCCCAGAAAAAAACCCUCAGGAAAGGAGAGGACAUGGAGUCGAACGGCAGCGCCCUCGGCACAUCGCGGCGAAGCUGCUGCUUCGUCUGGUGCUGGCUGCGUCUGCCAGGAUCGCUCUUCUUCUCCGUGGUGCCCCGUGUGCGCAAGGCCCGCACGGCCGCCGAGACCACGAGGCCCGGCUCCGAGCAUAGCUGGCAGAGCUGGGUUGCACAUGGACCGGACAGCCCAGCUGGAGGCGCCGAGAGCGGGCGAGAGCGGGAGAGCCGAGCAGAGAUGCAGAGUUACGGUAAAGCUCUCAUUUCAAAGGAAUUACUGGCGAAAGAAUACCCGGGCGACGAGCUGGCCAUGCUCGGGGACCGGACUUUUUGA